AUGAGAAGGACUGUCUUCAGUGGUGUUUUUAUGUUACUCUGCCUCUUGAGUGAUGUUAGAGGUAUGACUUGUAGAUUAUGCAACCUCUCAAUGCCCUUCCACGGAUGUCUUUUGGAUUUGGGAACCUGCAGAACAAAACCUGGUCAGUAUUGCAUGAAACAGACUCACCUAAGAGGUGGAAUUCAGUGGUAUUCCAUUUUGGGCUGCACAGAGACCCAUGAUGACUGCUUCAAGAAAAAGACAACAUCUUCUGGAAUGCGUGUUACUUACUGCUGCCAUCGCACCCUGUGCAAUUUCUGA